UCGUGAUACAACAAAAAGGGGCUAAUGGUAGAGAAAUAAGUGGAGCAGUUUCUAAACACUAAUUAGUUGUUGAUUUUUUCUUAAUCCACUAUAGCCCUUUUCCCAAAUUAACUACCCAACUAUUUGUCCACUCAUGGUAUUUGGUUCAGUUCGUCGUUAUCCUUAACUAAUAGUCCAAGAACCAGCUUUUUCUUCUUUCUUGGUAAAUAUGAAUUUUUAUUAUAAGGACCCCAAAACUGUGAAUUUUUCACCAGCCAUCAAAUUGUCAGCUUGGAGGAACUUAGUAGAUAUGUUUGAUACAUUCUUUGGGUGGAGAAAAGCUUCUAAAUGCAAGAAUUUGAUUAAAAGAGUUCGGUGCCGGCUUAAGCUGCUGAAGAACAAGAGAGUUUGCAUUAUCAGGCAGUUGAGGGAUGAUCUAUCUGAGCUACUUAGAAAUGGACAUUACGAAACUGUCUUUGAUAGGGUUGAACAGCUUUCGUUGGAUGAACGAAAGGUUGCUGUGUACGACUUAUUGGACAAUUACUGUGAAUUUAUAGUCAUCAACUUUCCAUAUAUUCGAAGACACACGGACUGUCCUGAUGACAUCAAUGAAGCAGUGUCAAGUCUCGUAUAUGCAUCAGCAAGACUCGGUGAUUUGCCCGAGCUUGUGUCAGUUCGGAAGCUUUUCGCUGAACGUUAUGGCCAGAUAUUUGAAAAUUCUGCACUUCAAUUACUUCCUGGGAAUCUUGAGAGCCAUCAGAUAAUGGAUAAUAUAUGUACAAGCUCUGUAUCAGAAGAAGAGAAAUACAGAUUGGUGGAUGAAAUUGCAAGGAGUUGUUUUCAGCAAGGACCUUUGCUUCUUGAAUAUAGACCCGAAUCACAAGAUGAGGUGGUAAAUGAAACUAGUAAUGCUGCAGCUGAUUACAAGGGAGAUGGACUAAUGAGAUUAAAGGAUUCCAAUUCUCAGCAAGAACUGUUUCCUACUGCUAAUUCAACGCGUUUGUCUAUGACUAACGGUUGUAAGAAUUCAGUGAACGAGAGAGUUCUAGAUUCUGAACGCGUCAUAGGAAGGGAUACGGGGAAUAUUAGUGCCGUUAUUUCGGAGCAAAACAUGGAGAGAAGAGCUGCAGAAUCUUCUACAGAAGAUUCAGCUGCAUUACCUGAACAGAUAAUAUAUUUGGAUGACAUUCAGGAGUUUGAGUCUGCUAUGAAGAAAGAUGUUAACUUCCAGGAACAGAGGCUAUUCAUGUUCAAAGCCCCUAUUGCUCCUUUGAGACUAAAGAUAGAUAAAGGAAGAAACUUUGAAGGCACUGAGAGAAAAUUUGAGUCACAGAAUGCAAAAGAACGACCACAAAGCUCGAUAUCUGGAAAAAGAAUGAGAAGGAAAUCAUUUUCCGUUUUGUCAGACAUUGAUAGUAAAAUCUACUACGGAGACUUACCUGAGAGUUCUCCCGAUAGCAAACCAAAAAGACAAAAUAGAAGGAGGAGAUCAAGGAAGAGUUCUGUUGAGGAAAGUCAGAAGUCCUAUUAUGCACAUGACAGCAAAGAUCAACCUUGUUAUGUCAAAUUUACAAGCACAACGACUUUUGUCAAGUGCAUAGACGAUUCCAGCUGCAACGGGCCAAAGGAAAACUGCUGCAGUUUAGAGCAUCCAUGUUAUUACUGGAUCAAUGAUGAGAAAGGUAACGGGGAAUCUCCUUUUCGCGUGCCAAGAAGGAGAGUCAACGCUACAAAGGAUAUUAGUAAACACAAAUGCUCCUGUCAAUCGGUGCUUCCACCACAACAUAUAGCAAAAACCAAUCAAAAUGUUGAAUCAACGAGGGAUCAUAUUGUAAAACCUGAAACUGAGGAUGUAAGUGAAAGUGAAGAAACUUGUAAUUCGACAAUGUCAUCAACAUCAAGAAGAGAAAACCAGGCACCUUAUUUGAGGGCAAUAACUAUGCCUACUGAAAGGCCUAAAGAGAGCUUCAUAGACAACUUUCUUCGGUCAAGUUCCCUCCCGGUUCAAGAGGUUGGUAAUGGAUCAUCCAAAAAUAGACAUGUCCAUCCUAAGCUACCAGACUACGACGAAAUAGAAGCUACAUUCAUGGCUCUCAAGAAAGAGAAACUGCAAAACAAAUGCUAGUGUCAUGUCAAAUAUAAUCGAUGACUAGCAUAAGAUGGCAAUCUUUAGGCUGGGACAAAUCACUCGACUUAUUUCUUCUUUCUAUAUUCUUUGUACAUAUAAAACUAGCAGAAGCAUACUUGCACUGUAUAUGGAGAUUUUUUUUAUAUAUUUUUUUUUGUGUGUGUGUUUGUGUUUUGGUAAUUUUAUGGAAGUCCUUGGAGUGAAAUGGUUAAUGCUUUGAUGAAACUAGCUUGUAUUUGGUUCUCAACUAUUUAAUUUUGAGUGAUUCAGGACCAGUUUUACUA